AUGGGCAUUUUGAAACCCUACUUGCCCAUCUCCCAGCCCUACGUCGUUUUCUCACUUCUCCUUAUUCUCCUCGACCUUUCCUCAUCUUCCUCGAAAGACUAUGGAGGCAUCGCCGACACUACAAAUCAAACCCCAGCUUCGCCGCCAAUCGCUGUCGGAUCAUCGAAAAUCCGCCAAUUCAGACCAGGAAUAGCAGCCCUUGUCGCGAUUCUCACAAUUUUCUGCGCAAUUGUGCUGCUGCUGGUUCUGUACGCCAGAAAUUGCAAUUUCAGCGGCGGCUACGCCGCCGGCGGAGGCAGCUCGAGAGGCCAUCCGGCGGCGGCGGCCGGAAAAAGUAGCUCCGGAAUUAAAAAGAAGGUCGUCGAGGCUCUGCCGAUGUUCAGAUUCUCGUCGCUGAGAGGACAGAAAGAAGGCCUCGAAUGCGCAGUAUGUCUGUCGGCGUUCGAGUCCGAGGAGGUACUGAGAUUGCUGCCGAAAUGCAAACACGCCUUCCACCUCGACUGCAUCGACGGAUGGCUCGACGCGCACUCAACCUGCCCGCUUUGCCGCCACCGUGUCGGCGCCGAGGAUUUGCUGCUGCUGGCCGACGACAGGGAUCUGUACAAUUACAGUGAUCAAUUGAAGGAGAAUGAGCAAUCGUCAAACCCUAGAAAUUCCAGCCACCGUGACCGCGGCGGUUCGCUGGAAGUCAUUGUGGAAAAUCCGUCGGGACAGGAUUUUCAAAGGAGGGUUUCGUUGGACAGAUCGAAAACGAGGAGGAAAUAUUGGGGACAGGGACUGAGGAGCAAGUCUGUGGACAGCUGGAAGGUGCCGGCGGAGAAGGUAGAAGGGCGCCACCGCCUGGAGCACCGGAUUAUAAUAUCCGGCGACGGAGAGGCGGAGGAGGAGGAGGUGCGGAGACGGCGGUGGAGUGACGUGGAGGCGUCGGAGAUUUUGUACCUGAAGACGGAAUUGAUCAUGGAAGGUGGGAGUGGCAGAGAUGUAAUAAAAGGGAGAAGCGUGUCCGAAAUGACAGGAGUGAGUAGGUAUAGGAAUGGUAAGAAAAUGAGAGAUGAGGAGCAGGAGAAGGCUGGGGCGAACAGAUGGUGGUUACCAUGGCGUUCACGGUCACAUUCCAGGGAUUGUCCACCAGUGGUGACCUCCGCCGCCGGCACCGAUGCAGGUGGCGGCGGCCCUCCCCCUCCACCACCUUCUCUUUCUAAUCAUGAUAUUUGAAUAGGAGAGGACUUUUCGUGUAAAGACUGAGCAAUU